UCCUCCUUCAACAGCUCUAAAUACAUCCCUGUUGAGUCUUUGGAUAAAAGUGACAUAAAACAAAAGGUCCUGAUGGGACUUCCUGCUAAAAUAAAUGCAACAUUACCUCCAAACUGUGAGAAUCUCAAUCUCCCCAUCGAUUACACCUGUCUGGAAAAUGGAAACACCAGCAACCCCAAGACUCUGUCUGAGGUGGAGCCGUUCACAGACUACAGCUGUACGGGUCGGAUCGACAAAAACAAUGUUAACGUAACAACCACACCUGCUGUCAAUGUCUACAUAGACUGUGAUGUUACAACAAGAAUCACACCUGAGAGGGUGACCAACACUUCCAUUCAUCUGAGCUGGACCUCAACCAGCCUGAGAUGUAAAGAUGCUCUUUACAACUAUCCAAAGUUUGGUUUUGUCUGCAGUUGUGUCCCUCCACCGAAACACGGCUCAAGACGGACAUCUUCAAAAAGAAGAGGAACAUGUGAAAUUCGUGACCUGAAACCAGACACUGACUAUGAGUGUGAAGUCCAACCUGUCUAUGCUUACAGGCCUGUUGGCAGUCCAGACUCAGUUACAAAAAGGACCGACAUCGGCACACCAGAAGAUAUCCGUUCCCUGUCUGUGACUGUUCAAGAGCAUAAUGUGAUAAAAGUAACCUGUGAACAUUCAGGAAUAUUCAAUGGACCUGACGGGAAAUACAUCGCUCAUCUCCGUCAUGGUGGGACCGCAGUGAAACAUGUAGAUGACAGGGAGUGCAAGUUUGAAUUCAGAGACCUGAGCUACUCUACAACAUACCACCUGGAGGUGGCUGCUGCCAACAGGGUUAAAACAGGCAAACUGGAGAAAAAAGAAGUCGACACUCUCUACAAUGACAAAGCUGUCAUUGGGUUCCUGAUCUUCCUCAUCAUCCUCACCUCUGUGGCCCUUCUGUUGGUCGUCUAUAAGAUGUUCAUCCUGAAGUGCAGACAGUCUCAUGUUGGAGACAUGAUGCUUGACGAAAAUGCAAUUUAUAUGAACAUGCCUAGAUCCUGAUGCUGCCAUGAAGAAGCUCUGAUGAAGAAGGCCUGAUGAAACGUCGCUCCACAUCAUCAGAUUUACAUUCGUUUGUACGCCACGGAGUCAAAUCAUAAUCAAAGCAGUGUUGUAAAUGUU